UGGGCCCGGCCGGAGCCGGCAAGGUCAGUACUCCCAAAGCCAAUACCCUUCUUCCGCCCCGUUACCCGGUCUCCGUGCGGCAUCCAGAACCGCCGUCCAAUCUCCUCUUCAUCCCGUUGCGCCGGCCGUAGCGCCGGGCUACUCGCCUCAAAAAAUGCAUCCGAAAGCUAACAUCCCCUCCGCCUCCCGCAGUCCACCUUCUGCGCCUCCCUCAUCACCCACCUGAACCUCAACCGCCGCUCCGCCUUCUACGUCAACCUCGACCCGGCCGCCGAGUCCUUCGAGCACGCGCCCGACCUCGAUAUCAAAGACCUCAUCUCCCUCCACGACGCCAUGGAAGAGGUCGGCCUCGGCCCCAACGGCGGCCUCAUCUACUGCUUCGAGUUCCUCAUGGAGAACCUCGACUUCCUCACAGAGGCCCUCGACAACCUCACAGAGGAGUACCUCAUCAUCUUUGACAUGCCGGGCCAGAUCGAGCUCUACACCCACAUCCCCAUCCUGCCCGCCCUCGCCCGCUUCCUUUCCCAGCCGGGAAGCCUCGACAUCCGCCUCUGCGCCGCCUACCUCCUCGAAGCCACCUUCGUCGUCGACCGCGCCAAAUUCUUCGCUGGCACACUCUCCGCCAUGUCCGCCAUGAUCAUGCUCGAGAUCCCCCACAUCAACGUCCUCUCCAAGAUGGAUCUCGUGAAAGACCAGGUCCGCAAAAAGGACCUCAAGCGCUUUCUCACACCCGACACGGGUCUCCUCGACGACGACCCCAUCUCCAUCGCCGCCGCGGGCGGCGAGCCCGACGACGGCCGCGGCGAAGUGCACGACCGCGACCUCGUCAUGCGCGGCCGGAGCUUCCAGAGGCUCAACCGCGCCGUCGCGGGCCUGAUUGAGAGCUUCAGCAUGGUCAACUAUCUCAAGCUGGAUAACACGGACGAGGACAGCGUCGGCGCGAUCCUGAGCUAUGUGGAUGAUAUCAUCCAGUACCACGAGGCGCAGGAGCCAAAGGAGCUCAAGGACGAGGAGUUUGACGAGCCGCAAGACGAUUAAAGCUCGGGAGGGUGCUUGAUGUGGGAUGGAUACGAACAAGGGGCGGUCACCUUCACACUAUCCAGUGUGCUCGUGAAAUGCACGGGUCUCGCGUGGCUGUGAUUGUGCCGGGCUCCUCAAAGAUGGAUGGCAUAUUGACGAAAAACAGCAAAUGGUAGGGAGAUGAAGAUUGCAUAGCGUUGGCGUUGGUAUUUAUUUA